CCCGCUUUCUUUCAGCGACAGGGACCGAAGCAGAGAGAAGGAUGAAGCAACGAUUCAAGGCAACUAAUCACCGGAUUGCCGGUCCGGUGGUGGUCUGUGAAAACCUCAACUUAAUAUAUUGAGGCCGAGAUCCCUGCGCAGACCUACCCAUUAUUGGUAUAUUUGACCGUGGUGAUAUUGCAUGAGUUGUCAACGAGAUCCUAGUUUAUGGGACCCCAUAUGGCCUAUUUAUAUAACCCAUACGCAUGGCGGGACAAACACCAUAACACCGUCAUUUGUGUGCAACUGCCCAUUAAACAUCAUGAAAAUACUUCGGAUGUAGUCUAUAAUUACCGUCGCUCUAACAGGAAUGAUUAUGAUUAUCCUCCCCUAUUCUCUUGCACGCUCAAUUCCAAGCCACAACUUGAUGAGCGAGUCUGUUCUGCAGAGCGACGAGGGAUAUCCAUUAAACUGUUGUGCGUAUGGAUGCUCUGGUCCAUUCGUGACAUGCUGGGAUUGUGGUACGCAGCCGUGUGGUGGUUGCUACUCUUGUGUGGGUGAGCCGGAUGGUGAAAAUAACUCGACUGCAACGAACCGAUAAUUUUGCCUUAAGACUCCUGAUUAUGACCGC